ACUCACCAGUAUAUUUAAUAUUUUCUCCAAAAGCCUCAUAUAAAUAUCUGCCUGUUAGUCAAACAUUAUCAUCAGUUUUUAUUUUUAUUUUUUAACUUUUCUUUCUUUUGUAUUUGUGACUAAACCUGUUUUCCACCUUAUAACUAAGAACAACAGGUGSGGAGGAGGACAGCUGUCUUCAGUCCAUCUCAGACCCCUGCUGGCAACUCUUAAUUAUUCUUAAAUUAUUCAAACUGUGUUCUAGGAUGUUACCUCUCUAAUAUCUACACUUUUCUUGUUGCUCAUCGUAAUUUUCAUCUCUCCUUUUUAAUAAGAGGGAUCCUGGUCCUUUUUUUAAUUUAAAUCUCCAGAUUGUUAUGAGCACAUGGGCUGUGUUUAUCUUAGGGGAAACCUGAUUGGAUAGCCUCACCGUAGACGCGUCCAUUUCACCGCCUAGUUGCUUCGUGAUUGGAUAUCCGUGAACAGACCCGCCCAUUUACACGCCUAAGUGGUUUCUGAUUGGACAAUCGAGUCUCUGCUCAUGUCUUCCCACCGCUCGCGAACCGCUCGAACGGCACCGCACUGCCUCAUGGGAGAUGUCGUUUUCUUUGUGAUGCGUGACGCUGUGAGCAGCGGUUCAAACACUACAACUCCCAGGCAAAGAGCAGGGACGGCGGAGUCUCUCAAACACAAACAGAACUUUGGUUCAUUUGGUUCGGAAAAGUCCAGUAACGGAGAAAUGGCUGACGGAACGCACCUGCGGAGGCGAGGUGGGCCUUAUAAAACCGAACCGGCCUCAGACCUGAGCCGCUGGAGACUAACCUCGGUGGAGGGCAGGCAGACCUGGGACUAUGUGGAGGACCGGGACCCCCCUGGCAGAGAGCAGACCAUGCUGGAGGCUCAUUCCCUGGGCUUGGACACUAGCAAGUUUGCUCCUGACUCCCCGGCUGCAGAAACUGCUCAGGAUGCAGCUUUGAAAGGCAUGAGGUUCUACAGUCGCCUCCAGGCAGAGGAUGGUCACUGGGCGGGGGACUAUGGUGGACCCCUCUUCCUGCUCCCAGGUCUCCUCAUCACGUGUCACGUGGCGAGGAUCAGCCUACCUGAGGUGUGGAGGAGGGAGAUGGUGAGAUACCUGCGCUCAGUCCAGCUGCCAGACGGUGGCUGGGGUUUGCACAUCGAAGAUAAGUCCAGUGUGUUCGGAACGGCGCUGAGCUACACCUCGCUCAGGAUCCUGGGAGUGGAUCCUGACGACCCGGAUUUGGUCCGUGCUCGGAACAACCUGCACAGCAAAGGCGGUGCAGCCGGGAUUCCAUCGUGGGGUAAAUUCUGGCUCGCUAUUUUAAACGUCUACAGCUGGGAGGGCAUGAACACAUUACUGCCAGAGAUGUGGCUGUUUCCUGAUUGGAUGCCAGCCCAUCCCUCAACCCUGUGGUGCCACUGUCGGCAGGUUUAUUUACCCAUGAGCUACUGCUACGCUGUCAGACUGACCGCAGAGGAAGACCCUCUAAUCCUCAGCCUCAGACAGGAGCUGUAUGUCCAGGACUACGACACCAUUAACUGGCCCGCUCAGAAGAACAACGUGGCAGCGUGUGACCUGUACACGCCUCACAGCACGCUGCUGACGGCCGCCUACAUGUUAUUAAACCUGUACGAAGCCCACCACAGCGCCACGCUGAGGGAAAAGGCCGUCAAAGAGCUGUACGAGCACAUCCAGGCCGAUGAUCGCUUCACCAAAUGUAUCAGUAUUGGACCGAUCUCAAAGACCAUCAACAUGCUGGUGCGUUGGUACGUGGAGGGGYCGUCCUCUGCAGCGUUUCAGGAGCACGUCUCUAGGAUCCCAGACUACCUCUGGUUGGGAUUGGAUGGAAUGAAAAUGCAGGGAACAAACGGCUCUCAGCUCUGGGACACUUGUUUUGCUGUUCAGGCUUUUCUCGAGGCUGGAGCCCAGAACGACCUGAACCUGUCCGAGUGUCUUCAGGAGGCGCAUCGAUUCCUCACACUCACACAGAUCCCAGAGAAUCCUCCGGAUUACCAGAAAUACUACAGACAGAUGAACAAGGGAGGAUUCCCCUUCAGCACUCGUGACUGCGGCUGGAUUGUGGCCGACUGCACAGCCGAAGGCCUGAAGUCAGUGAUGCUGCUGGAGGAGCUCUGUCCCUCCAUCAGGCAGCGCUUUACCCCCGAGCGCCUGUUUGGUCCUGUCAACGUGCUGCUGAGCAUGAGAAACAAAGAUGGCGGAUUCGCCACGUAUGAAACUAAGAGAGGAGGAAGACUGCUGGAGAUGCUCAACCCCUCCGAGGUGUUUGGUGACAUCAUGAUAGAUUACACCUACGUGGAGUGUACCUCGGCUGUGAUGCAGGCGUUGAGUCACUUCCAGAAGUCCUACCCUGAUCAUCGCUCUGAGGAGAUCAGCUGCACUCUGAGAGAAGGUCUGGAGUUCUGCAGGAGGGUGCAGAGACCUGAUGGAUCCUGGGAAGGGUCCUGGGGGGUCUGCUUCACGUACGGAACCUGGUUCGGCCUGGAAGCCUUCGCCUGCAUGGGUCACACUUACCAGAAUGACAGGGAGGUGCCUGAGGAGGUGCAGAAAGCUUGUGGCUUCCUGUUGGAGAGGCAGAGGUCAGACGGAGGCUGGGGGGAGGACUUUGAGUCGUGUGAGCAGCGCCGCUACAUCCAGAGCAGCACCGCUCAGAUCCACAACACCUGCUGGGCUUUGCUGGGACUCAUGGCUGUCAGACAUCCUGAGCAGCAGGCCGUCGAGAGAGGAGUUCAGCUGUUGAUUGACAAGCAGCUGCUGAACGGAGACUGGCCUCAGGAAAACAUCUCAGGUGUGUUCAACAAAAGCUGUGCCAUCAGUUACACCUCCUACAGGAACGUCUUCCCCAUCUGGACCCUGGGCCGCUUCUCCAGGCUUUACCCAAACCACCCGCUGGCUGGGCAGCUGCAGCUGUGAGGAACUGCUGAAAAGCAUCAAACUGAGCUCUGCUGGUCUGACUUUUCUUCUAUACUCAUUGUUUUCUCACCGGUACGUGAGGUUAGGCAGACUUGCUAAAUCCUAAUUUUAUUUCGACACAGUGCUGCCAUCUAGUGUAAUAAUUAGCCUCUCUGGCUGCUAAAGGAGACCAGGAAGUUUUAAAUCUGUUUAACUAAAACAACAGUUUGAAGGUGUUGUUAUACUGACAUACAAUGAUUUUAUUUUGAACAUAAUCUGAUACAGCUUUGCUUUUGUUGCUGCUACAUGUUUUUUCUCUCUGUUCGCAUUAAAUUACUUUGAAAACUUC